GGCUGACGAGGACAACCCUGUCAUCUCCCGUGUUACCCAGAGAAUGGCUGACCUGACUGGGCUGGACAUGGAGGCAGCAGAGAUGCUCCAGGUAGGUGACAGCUUGAGGCAGAGCUCAGGGUUAAGCCCGGGUGUUGGCUGGAGGAUACGGCCAGGGUUAAGGGAUUAGUGUGUGGAAUUUUUUAAAUGUCUCAAAUGUCAGAUUUUUCCAGGUUGCAAAUUAUGGGAUUGGGGGCCAAUAUGAACCACACUUCGACAACAAGGUAAGCAUUAAAAUAAUUUGAUAAUGGUAUGUGUUGUUUGUUCAACAAGCAUAUUAAGGAAUAUUCUUAUGCUCCACAGCUGACCAAUGACACAGACUACAUGACGAGGGGUGGCAGGAUCGCAACGAUCUUAAUCUAUAUGAGUGAUGUGGAAGUGGGUGGAUCGACUGUGUUCCCUGAUAUAGGAGCUGCUCUACGACCGUACAAGGGUUCAGCGGUGCUGUGGUACAACCUUUUGCAGAAUGGAGAGGAGGACGCUAGGACCUUACACGCUGCAUGCCCUGUAUUUGUGGGCAAUAAAUGGGUUGCCAAUAAAUGGGUGCGGGCCCACGGACAGGAGUUCAGGAGAAGAUGCUCUUUGUCCCAGAUGGACUGAGACUGGAGCCAGGAUGGAUUCUCCCCUCAGUUUACCUACACAUUCCUGCACAUUUCCCCAUUGUUACUCUCCUUGGCCUCAGCUGGGCCAUCUGGGGGAGGGACGCACAGAAUCACACAAAAGCACCUUUCAAGUGUUUGUGCAGUGAAGCAGGACAAGAUGUCAACAAUACCAAGCUGACAUUUGAACUGUGUGGCAUUUUUUUUAUUUUUUACAGUGAUUGUCGAAAAUGAUAUUGUUAGCGGGUAGUCCAUAGAGUAGUUUGCGUGAUUGAUUAGAUCCGCAUGAUCAAUUUAAAAUACAUUGUAGAAGACAGAGUAAUAAAAUAUUUGGACCAAGAAUCACUGUUCCUCUAUACAUACUACAGAAUAUAUUUUGCUUGCUGCAUCCACUUAAUCUGCAGCAAGCACGCACGCACACACACACACACACACACAC